AGAAAGAGAAAGAAAGAGAGCGAGUUACGAAAGAUAGUAGAAGAGAGGAAAGAGAGGGAGAGGAGAGAGCGAUAUAUUCGUGACACAUCCCACAUGCCGACAUUCCUGCACCCCUACCCAAUGGAUCCCGUAGGAUUUAUUUUAAGAUUGGUAUGACGACAGAAAGAGAAAGAGAGAGAGAGAGAGAGAGAGAGAGAAAGAAAGAGUGAGUGAGUAAGUGAGUGAGUGAGUGAGUGAACACGAAGCUUCGUUGCUCGUCUUCAGUAGCGAAUCCGCGAGUGGCUUGUUGGCACGGGGUGUCGAGACGCGAUCGAACGCGAGUGUUAACGGAUUCUAAGAAGUUUUCGAUCGAACGAAAUAAUCCGCGAAACGGUCGAACGCUGGGAUUCUCUUUACCACCACCAUCAAAUCCAUCCCUCUCCACCUCCUUAUCCUUCUCCUCCUCCUCCUCCUCCUCUUCCUCCUCCUCCUUCGCCAUCGCCAUCGCCUCAUCUUCUUCCCUCUCGUCUCGCUUCAAACUAUCCCAUAAAAAGAAACUCGAAGAUAUAUUAGGUGUAUAUCUAAUAUCCAUGUAUGUAUGUGUAUACACAUAUAUAUGUAUACGUUUGUAUGUAUACGUUCACGUAUAUACGAAUAAGAAGUUUUACGAAUGCUAAAAUUUCGCGGUCUCUUACGAAUAACGUCCGCCAUCUUGAUUCGAAAGAAGAAGUAGUAAAAGAGAUAAAGGUGGUAGGGAAAGUUCGAAGGUAGUCGUUCUUUCGUGAAAAUAGUGCGAGUGGAAGAGAGAGAACUACGGUUCGCGUAAAAUCAAAGAAAGGAGGAAAGAAAGAAAGAAAGAAGGAAAGAGAGAUAGACAGAUAGAGAGAGAGAGAGAGAGAAAGAAAGAGAUAGCUGCUUUUCACGGGAAGUUAUUCCCAAAGGAGAUUCAAGCUUGCUUUCAACUUUGUAUACCUAACCUCGUUUCGUAGUAAAGAAACGAGAGAUCUUCGGAUCUCGAAAUAAAAGGGGAAAAGUAAAAGAGGAUAAAUAGAUAUUGUACGAAUUGUACGAUCGGAUCGGAUCGGAUCGGAUCGUUGACGUUUUCUUACGAUCGUUAACGUUUUCGUAAUAAUUAUGUCGGAGAUUAAUACGCGUGAUCGCACGGUGAAAAAGUGUAUCUGACGAGUUGCCAAAAAGCUACGAAACUGAUCGUUUUACGUAAGAAGAAGAAGAAGCGUGUAGUAGCCUGUUUUCGGUUCAUAUAUACAUAUGCUUAUAUAUAUAUAUAUAAAUAUAUAUAUCAUAUAUGUAUAUCUACGUACGUACACGUCAAACGCUCGUAUUGAAAUCCAUUAGGUUAUAAUUCAGUGUGGAUGAUACCUUUAAAAGGACCUCUCCUGAUCUCAAAUUGGAAGCUUCUUCUGCCUGUCCUCUUCGAGGGCAUUGAUCCAGAAAGAGAUACAUAAGUAUAUACAUAUACAUACAUACAUAUAUAUAUAUAUUCUCAACCGUUAUUAUCGCACAUGUGGAAAACUGGAACCAUGAAGAACGCUUAUCCAGUCGUAACGGCAGCCUCGUCCAGUCCGGUCGAUCCAGUCGAUUCUUCAAUAAGUCGAGAUGAUAUAUCGAAGGACGAAAUCGAUAAUCAAACGUCACCAGUAAUAAGACUCAAACUCGACAAACCGUUGCAUUGGUAUUGGGAAUUAACGACUACGGCCGACGCGCUUCCGGUUAUACAAUUGUUGGACAAGGACGGUCGAUUGUUGGUCGAGACAACCGGUAAAACCGCUCAAAGAGCUAGAGGAUCCUUUCGCGAAGGUUUGACCGAUUACGAAAAAUUUCCUUUAUCUUCGAGGAUAUCCAGAUCAACGUCGGUAAACUCUAAACGCGAAUUAAUACAAUCUGGUAAUCGUAACAUCGACGGUUUCAGUAACAAAUUCGGUCCGUUCGAUUUCGGAUACAAACCGAGAAAAUCUAGGAGCGACGCAAGUAUCAAGGUCGUUCGAGAUAAGAGGAUUAAAAACAAAGAAAACGAUAAGGAAGUCGUUAAGAGAUAUUCGACCGGUGAUUUUUUACGUCGUCAGAUUUUAGACGAUUUAAGAACGAAAAGUAUGUUUGGUAAGAGUCCGGACGAGAUCGCCAAGGAAAGGUGCAGGAAGGUCAAAGCUUAUUUGAAAAGUCAAAGCGAGAUUUAUUCGUCGUCCGAUCAUUCGAUCAAUCGCGAUUGCACGAACGAAUACGAAAGAUAUUUCAACGAUAAAUUGGAUAAGAUCGAGUCGGAAGAGGAUCGAGGAUCGGAUGAGAACAAUAGAUCGAACUUGUACGAUCUACGAAAUCCAUCGUAUUCCGUUAAAAAUGAUAAUGAGAAAUACGUCGAUUCGGAUAAGCUCGUUAAAAUUCGAAGUUUUUUGAGGGAGAAGUUGCGAGAGAGUAUGGAAUCGACGAGGAACGAGGGUAAUAACGAUUCGACGAUUAAAAAACGACAUUCCGAUCGUAAAAACGAAGAGGAUUCUAACGAUACGAGAACUUAUUAUCGUACGAGAAAGGUAAGAAGCGAAACGAACGUGAUUAAUAAUUCGCUAGGAAGAAAAACUAGAUUCGAGGAUAGACUGGAUACGAAUGUCCCUUCUUUUCGUUUCAACGAUAACGACAAUACGAACAACGUCGUACGUAAUUUACCUUCGAUAUCUUCGAACAUUAAAAAAAAUAAUUAUCGUCGUUCGAAGAGCGACGCUUUGCUCGUAGGAAAAUCAAACGAAUUCGUCGAACAACAAAGAAAAUAUAGAUCUGCGAGAAGAGAAUCUACGGAAUCUAGAAGGAGAACGUAUCGAAAGACGAAAAGCGACCUUCAUUUCGAUAAUCCGAACACCGAGAAGGAAUUGGACAGGAUCGAGAGAUCCUGGAGGGAUUACAAGGAGAGGAAGAAACUUGAGAAACUUCAAAGGGAGAAGACGGGUUUGACGGAGGAGAAAGAGGAGGAGGAGGAGGAGGAAAAGGACGAAGAGGAUACUGAAGAGAAAGAGGACAAUUUCACGAGAAACAAGACAAGCUCGAACGACUUUAAAAGCGAGUUAUGCGUUAAGAGAAACUGUAAAGUAUGUCAGAAUCUUCGUAAUUCGUUGGGAUCAUCGAAGACGAACGAGAAUAUUAUAUGUCCCUUCGAAACUAAUAAUCGAUCGGGUCGGACAAUCGAGUCUGAUAGAUCGAUAGAUUUUAAUUCUCAAUCUCCCUCUAUUAUCGUAUCCCCUGAUUUUGGAUACAAUUCUAUACACAAGAGCGCGUUCAAAGAUUAUCGCGAAUUGUAUGCACGUUCGAACGUUAAAAAAAGUGAUACGUUUAAAAUAAUCGACGGUAGCGAGGAACAAGAUGAUAGUUACAAAGAGGACGACUCGAAUUUGAUCGACGAGAAUCAAUUACCUCGUCGUGAUAAUAAAUCCGAGAUGAUAUCAUUGAUUAAUAAAUCGAACGAGGACAUAGCAAGAGAUUAUUUCAAACGCGUUUACGAACUUUUGAAGAAACGUCAAGAGGAGGCACGUAAAGUAGCCGAGAAACGCGACGUUAUUGGAUACGACGAUUCUUCUUCCUCGAAUUAUGUCGAAGAGGUACGAAGGAGGAAGCAUAGGCGUAGAAAAAGGGAUCCUCCUCAGGGUGAGGAGUUGGUAACGGUGACUCCGUCGAACGGAGGACAGCAAGACGGUUGGAAGGUUCAACACCAACAACAACAACCACAACAACAACGUUGUCAGCGUGGACAAUUGCAAACGGUAAAUAAACGAACUCGUCCUAGCCCGCCUCCACCGCCCCCGCCACCCCCGCUCAUAUCUUGCAAGGUCAAUGCCAAGGAUAUCGGCAAGUAUUUUGAUUGGCCGAACAAGGAGAACACGCCUGGAAAUGCCGUGAAUAAUAAUCCAAUUGCUAAGGGUGCAGUCAGUAGAAAGGCAAGGAUUUUUUUACAAAAGAAGGAUCAAGAAAAAGAAGAAGUGGGGGAAGGUUGGUGGAGGCAGGAGGAAGAAGAGGAAGAGGAGGAGGAGAAGGUAAAGAAGGAAGAGAAGAGGAAGAAGAAGGAGGAGGAGAAGGAAGAGGAGGUGGAGGUGGAGGUGAAGGAGGAGGAGGAGGAGGAAGAGGAAAAAGGAGAAUCAAUAAACGAAAUGGGCUCGAAUCUUAGCAGGCACAAUGGCAAAGGCCUAACUGGCCGUAGAACACAAUCUUCGGGAAACUUGUGCGAACCACCCAAGGGAAAAUUCAAUGGUAUGGGGAAGAUUCUGGUGCCUUGCUCUAGCAGCUCUCAGAGAGAAAGGUACAAGUUUUGUGGCUCGCUACCGAACCAUUUGGACGACAAGGAUGUCUUGGAUGACGAUCGGAGAGAGAACAAUAACAUCAUGUCGGAUACCAUUAGUGGAAAUCUCGGAGGUACGCUGCCGCACAAGAAACGAUCCUUGGGAGUUCAUUUCUCUGACGGUGGGCCCACUGGUGCUUUGGAUCUUGUUAAACAUCGAUCACAGGAUUCCUUGGACGAGAACGAUCCCUGGAGAUAUCAGCAAAGCGACUUGGACUUGGUAAGAUGUCGACAUGGUAAUUUUGAUUCCGUCAGAAGAAAUCGUAGCAUCGAUACGAUGAUAAACGAUACAAAUCGACGUUGUUACAAUCAUCGUGAAACAUCUACGGAGGAAAGAUGUCAACGUAACUCGGAUUUGGAUCUUGUCGGUACGCUUCCAAAACGCAAACAGGAAACACGUAGUGGUAUUUGUAAAGGUAUCGAUGGGAAUUCAUCUAUGGGUUCACAAUUUGCCGUUACGAACAAAUUUGACGUUAGCUCGUCCGACGACGAUUUACUUAUGCGAGUAUUGCAUAAACCGGACUGUGAAUUGGUGAAACAUCGACAGCAAGCAUUGAACAAGUGCGUCGAUUUGAAACUUAGCAAGCUAGCUGGUGCCACCGGUGAACCACAGGAUCAAGGAUAUGCUUCUGAACGUUCGCCAGAGGAUGAACAUCCACCUUCGUUGCCUGGACAACCAUUUCCGAGUGUAACACCCGAGAGCACUUUCCGUGUGACGUUACAAAAGAGCAGUCGAGGUCUAGGCUUAAGCGUUUCCGGUGGUGGUACUGCUGGACCUGUCAGAGUAAAAAGGCUCUUCCCAUUACAACCUGCCGCAUUGUCCAACAAACUUCAACCGGGAGAUAUACUCCUUGCCGCCAAUGGAAUUCCUUUAACCGGUUUAACGAAUUACGAAGCAUUAGAAGUUUUGCGAACGACCCCGAACACGGUCGAGCUGGUAGUGUGCAGACUUCCGGGUGACACAAAUGUCACACCACCUGGUGCGCCCCCACCACCUCCAGCACGUCGUGAGCCACCACCGCCAUUACGAAUCCCCAAUCCUCUGCCGCCACUUCAAAUUGAGCCCUGUGGCGAAUUCGACAUAGAAAUGAUGAAAGUAGGAGGUAGCUUAGGCUUCACCCUGAGGAAAGCUGAUAGCAGUGCCUUAGGGCAUUACGUGAGAGCACUCGUCCGUGAACCGGCUCUCAGCGAUGGUAGGAUUCGUCCUGGUGACAAGAUCGUCGCGGUUGAUGGUGCACCGCUUUCACCGAUGAGCCAUGAAGAGGCUGUGGCACUGUUGAGACAGUGUGGACCAAAGGUGAAGCUUCGAUUGUAUCGUGAUCUGGCACAAACACCUGUUUCCGCUCUAUCGCCGACUGAACCAGAUCAUCCUCUUCGUCCACCACGAACCUGUCUAAGACAAGAAGCCGUGGAUAUGCUCUGCGAUUUAGCAGCUCGAAAACUAUCACCGGGUACUUCGAGUGGUUCUAGUUGCUUGCAAUCACCAGCCGCGUCCUGUAGUUCACCGAGAAGACAUCGAAGACUCGCUACGCGUACACCCACUGCCGAUAAUGAUCAAGAGAUCCCGGAGAAGUUUCACGAAGGACAAACAGCGUCAGUAGGAAGUCACGCUGAGACUUCGGAUUCCGAUCAGUGUUCCGUAAGAACGCAAAUAACGAAUUCGCAAGCGAACACACCGAUCUCCGGUACAGAUAUCAUCAUAGAUCCACCAUCACAGUAUCACGUAUGCGAGAGCAGCGACUCACCAUUGAGAACUCCAACUCGGCCAAGUUUCUUAGAUCUAUCGGCGCCACAAGGGAAGCCACAUUUUCAAUUUUGCAGCGGUGACUCGGAGGAAUAUCCGGUCGAGACUAUGUUAUUCUCCGAAAAGGAUUCCAGUUGUUCAUUUGAGACUGAUUAUCAUGGAAAGGAAAUCCGUGGAUUGUCAAGCGACGAACAGGACAAUGAUUUGCCGUCUGAACCUGCCUCGAUGCCACCAGUACUCUCGUCUACGAGUAGUACCAGUACUGGAGGUGCCUUCAGUUAUAAAAAUCCUGCCUAUCAGAGUGCAAAUCCUGCAUGCAGCGUUAGCAUCGACGCCGUAUCGAAGAACAAAGUCACGCAUUCGAGCGAUCAAGAUAUACCAGGUAAGAUUCUUGGAACGGAAGAUCCAGCUGGUAGCAAGGGUCUGUUAAAGUGGAAGGGUGUUAUGUUUGCACCGAGCGACGAUAUGAACCAGUGCGAAAAAGACGUAGCCAAAGUCGAUAAGGAUAAUUUGGACUCAAUGAUAUCUUCUGAGGGUCAGGAUGAACAGGGAAACGAAGUGUUCAUGGUAGAGUUGACACGCGGAUGGAAUAGUCGAUUAGGUUUCAGUUUAAAGUCUGAGGACAAUCACACUGUGAUAUCGGUGGUACAUCCUGAUAGUGUGGCAGCUAGAGAUGGAAGAUUGAAACAAGGCGACGUCUUGUUAAUGGUUAACGAUGAAAGCGUCGAGAGUAUGUCAACGGCUGAGAUAAUAGAUUUGUUACGUAAAAUACGUGGUUCUAUAGGUAUUACGGUGAUGAGAAAGAACAAGCAAGAAAACGCAACGUGACAGUAAAAUCGAUUAGGUGUCUGAUUAAAACGGUCGUAAGAGAAAAGAUAAAGUUAAAGAAAAAGAUAAAAAGGAUGAAAGAAGUAAAAGAGACGAGAAGUUUAUUUGGAAAGAGCCUAGAACGUAUAGGAUAUACAAUGUUCACGAUCAAUAGAUCCAUGUAGAUCGUGGACCUCCUGAUCGAUAAUAAAAAGACUGCAUUUCCUAUACAUAUGUAAGAGCGUGAAGGAAUUAACAUAUAUAAAUGAUUAAAUAGAUGAUUUUUUCUCCCGAGCAUAAACUUUACGAACGAAAAAGAGAGAGAGAUAGAGAGAGAGAGAGAGAGAGAGAGAGAGAGAGAGAGAGAGAGAGAGAGAUAGACAGCGAGACAGAAAGAGAGAGAAAGAGAGAAUUAUUUUUCAGCAAGAGCGCGGGUUACUUAUUAAACUUUUAUUAAAAAAAAAUAAAUAAAUAAAUAAACAAACAAACAAAUUAAUUAAUUAAUUGAAAUAAAAAAGAAAUAGAAGCAAACAAAAAUAAACGAGCAAAAGAAAAAAAAAAAAAAAAA